AUGGCCUCAAAGCUUCACAACCUACUCUCUUCACUUAUUUUUGUAUUCACCGUUCUUGAUUUUCCGGCCAAAACGACGCCGCAGGAGUGCCCUUAUCCCUGUUAUCCCCCGCCGACCGGCCCCGGCGGGAACAACCCUCCGGUGACAACAACGCCGCCAGUUUCCACCACCCCUCCUGCAGUUUUCACUACACCUCCUUCAGUAUUCAUCCCGCUCACACCUCCACCGCCGCCUUACUCUUUUGGAGCGGCGCCGCCGCCACCUGAUCAAACGGUGCCUUGGUUUCCGUAUUUCUACCAGAAACCGCCCCAUCAAUUAGACCAGUCUUUUUCGUCGCCUGCUCUCAAAGGAAGUAUGAAAUUGAAGACAGCUCAGUCUUCCAAACCGAUUCACACACACAGAUCCACAAAGGUCUUACCCUCUGCCACACAUCUCUCCGCAUUAAAUAGGGACUCCAGUCAAAAGGAGCCGUUGAAGAGACAACCACUGGGACAAGCACGGCCAAGGACGGCGGCGAAUGGCCCAUGGUUGCUGGAGCAAAAGAAGAAAGAAGCAGAGGGGGACCAAAGGAGAGAACAGAGAUUGUCUAGGGCACAAAACGGGAAAGGAGGUACAAGGGAGAGGAAAGGUCAGCUAUAA